CUCUGUUCCUGACAGAAGUGUGUGUGUGACACUCAGCUCAGCUCAGCUCACAGAGUAGCAGCAGGAUCACGUCACGUCUGUGGACUGACACUGGGCUCCUCCACCACCACGGGUGAGAUUAAUCCUCUGUAGCAACCAACAAACACAGAACAGAGGAUGUCUCACCUGCCUUUAAGCUGCGUUCAGGCUGAGACUCUUCACGCUCCAUCAUGGACAAGUACAUGCCGAAAUUCAGCAAAGUUCUGGUGACACCUGAUCCACAUUACUUGCCGGGGUAUACCGGUUAUUGUCCACAGCUGAAGUACAACAUGGGGAGGACGUACAGCCAGCAAACGGCCGAGCUGCUGACCAGUCCUGAUGUGAAACGCUCCGGUCGCCUGGUCCUCCGCACAGGUCACGACCCCUCCACCGCCUGCACACCUGACGCUGCUGCUCUGACACUGAGAGGCGUCUCUGACGGCACCAUGAAGAGGGUGAUACCAGGAUACACAGGCUUCAUUCCAAGAAAUCGGAACCACUUUUCCUGCAGCUACUCCGAAACAUGUCGUAAAGCACUGAGUGAGUUUUACCAAGACAUGUACGCAAGGAGCCUGCGACGAUCGACGCUCCUGCCAAAUGUCAACUGCACCAACCGACAGUUUGAAAGACCAAAACCUCUCCUGACAGCGAUCACAGACAGAGUGAUCACCUAUAAACCUCUGGUGUCCUUCACCCACACCUCACCAUACUACAUGGAGGAUGAUGACCAGCACAAGUACUUCAUCUCAGGAUUUACAGGGCAUGUGCCAAAGACCCGUUUUCUCAUCGGUAAAGGUUACCCCAUCAUCACCAACCAGGCACUGGUUAAGUUUGGAAAGCACCAGCGGAGUGACCCCUUGUCCCAAGAAUCCACAGGAAGGAAGGACAUCACGACACCUCCCCUGCCUUCUAUCUACCCACCAAACAGUGGAGUGGUGCCUUCAUUCACGGGACAUAUCCCAGGACACAAGUUCUUGUUUGGACAUACCUUUGGUCAACUUUCCAAGGACGCUCUGGAGAAGAGCCGCAGCGAGAGGAUCCUUCAAGAAAAGUCCUAA